AUGGAGUUGCCAAACCUGGGUGAGCACUGCUCGGAGAAGAGCUGCAAUCGUUUGGACUUCCUGCCCCUGCGCUGUGAUGCCUGCGAAUCAAUAUUCUGCACAGAUCACAUAUCCUAUCAGGGCCACUCCUGUCCGAGUGCAUAUAAAAAGGAUGUCCAGGUGCCCUCCUGUCCCCUGUGCAACGUCCCAAUCCCCAUGAAACGUGGGGAUCCCCCUGAUCUAGCUGUUGGCCUUCACAUGGAUAACGACUGCCAGUCAGAUUACGGUAAAUCGAAAAAAAAGGUAUUCUCGAACAAGUGCUCCUCGAAAGGCUGUAAAAUUAAGGAGAUCGUUCGUGUGGAUUGUAACGAAUGCGAGAGAAAUUUUUGUCUGAAGCAUCGACAUCCUGCUGAUCACAAUUGCAUUGGCCGGACUGAGGCUGUUAGAUUGAAGAGAUUGGAGGCCAUGAAGAAGACAUCACAGCAAGCUAACACCUCUAGAACCAGUGAAAAUAGAAAUUCCAAGACCUUUAAGAAUAUUCAAGGGACAAUGAGUGAUGAUGAGGCACUCGCCAGAGCACUCCAGGCUUCUCUUCAGGAAGAGGAUCGAAUACGGAGACAACAAUUGCAACCAGUGCCUUCUGGAAGUCGAGAUAGAUGUCGAUUGUCUUAA